AUGCCUACACCACCUCACCCUUACACCACUAACCUACCACUUCACUCCACGCCCAUAGACCUACGCCUACUCCACCUCACCCUUACACUACCACGUCCCAUCAUUGAUCAUCCAUCAAGAAGCAAAGCAAUAAAUAAGUUUGUAGAUAAGGGAUAUACCGAUGAUGAAAUCACUAAAAAGCUAGAUGAAGGCUGUAGCAAUUUGGAUGUUGCUUUGGCGUCAGAGGAUGUCGGUGGUGCCACAGCAGUUAUGAUGCACUCUGAUUUAAAUUCAGAACCACAAUAGUGCCAUUCGGAUAAGAAAGUAUGCUCUCAAUAAAGGAGCUGCAUCAUUAGCAAUAGGCUUUGAGGAAACUGCACAAUCUGAUACAUUUGGAAGCACUAAGAGGGUGUUUCACAUUCUUCUUCUUGGACACACAUAGAUUGACAUACUUAUACAGUCAUUGAAUCUGAUAAACAUGAUUAAGGAAGAUUCAGAGCGAAUAUUGGGAGAUUCUCAGCAUUCUAGGUGUGAGAUUUACUUUCCGUAGGUGAAGAAGUUGACGAAUGUUGUUGGUGGUCAUGACAAGAAAAGAAGAAUAUAUGUAUGUGGCUCAUUCGCAAAGGCUGUUGGGUCAAAAAUAUGGUUUAUACUUUGCUUUAAUUAGAUAUUGUAGUUUUCGGUCUUAGGCCGAAAACUCCUUGGGUUUAAUUGUAGCUUGGACCGAAAACUCAUGGGUUUUCGGUCCAGCCUUUGAGUUGUGGGCUUGGGUUUUCGGUCCAUUUGUAUAAAUAGUCUAGGAGGGGAGGGGUGUCAUGUGGGAACAUUCAUUCAUUCAGUUCAUGUGCAUGUGCUAGAGAGAGAAACUAGAGAGAAGUGUGUGUGUGUCUGUGUGAAUCUUAUGUAUGGAGUUUCAAUCAUAUCAUUAAUUCAUUGAGAUUCAUCAA